GUGCAAAAAACGCAGAUGAAAUCGUUCACAGAAAUUUUCGGAUUUGCGUGAGAACUCAUAACAGAGAAAGUUUGUCCUCAGAGAAUAAACGAAGCUUCUUCAGUUUCAGAACGUGUUGUCGAGCAUAGGAAAACGAAAACUUCAAUAAAAAGUAAAAGUUGUUGAGAAACAAAAACAAAUAGAGUUGAUUUCCUCUUGUUGUAAUUGCUGCAGCCAGUUGGGCAAAUAAUAAAUAAUCACGGGGAGAAAAUGCAACCACGCACACGUGAAGACCGGCAUUUCUGGAAGCAUAAGGAAAAUGUCGAGAGGGAGAGACUGAGAAAUCGAACGGGUGGCUUUUUUCGAUACGAGGACAAUCCAGAUCCGAUUGCACAAGAAAAGUCCUGUCCUGCGUACAUAGAGGAAAAGGAUCGCUUAUGGUGAGAUGUAGUUGAGACCGAUAUAGUUGAGUAGACGUAUUAAAAUGAUGAUAUUUAUCAUAUCAGUUGUAGUACUACUCGACAAAAUAAGUCUAAGUGUAAGGAAGUCUCAUCUGAGACUUACUUCUUGUGGUAGCUAACACUUGACAACAAGAACUUCAUCGUCAGGGGCGAGAACUUCAUAUACUCUCCUUGUGGUCCCUCUUCUUCGCUGCCCUUUCAUUUCCCCACGAUGUCCGUGACAUGGCUGACAAGUUUUUAGCCGAGCGACAGCAACAGGAGGACAAGAAGAACCUUGUCACGGAGAUACAUAGAGAGGCACGGUUAAAGCGCGAAUCAGCUCGAUGGGAUGCGAUUGACUACAAAGAGAAAGCUGAAGCAGAGAGACAGCGAAGGCUGAUUGACGACCCGCUAAUAGGAAAGAAAAACGUUUCCGGAGUGCCGUUCGAUAUCGUUAACUUGGAGUACUCACUUUUUUACAGUUUCAUUUUCUUCAACAGGUUACUAGUAAAAAAUUUUCUUGACGUUCGUCGUGGAGGUUCUUCUUAAUGGUCCAUGACAGUUCUAGUAAUAAACAAACUUCUUAGAAAUGUCACUACUGGCAGAGCAAAAAGAGUAGAGUUCAUGCGAACUCAUGAGGCGAAAUGCAAAAAGUAGUAGUGAGGAAAUCUUCUAUACCCCUGGAGUGGGUACAUUCAUUCAUUCAUUCAUUCAACUUUAAGCAUAUGCAUAAGUAAGAAGAAGAAGAAUAUUUUAUCCCCGUCCCUUUGACUUGUUCCGAGUUACUAGUACUGAAGCUCAAACGUCGAACGAACCUGUUCAUCAGAUAUGAAAACACGUGGGAGGGUCGCAAACUACGGCACGACGACGAGAUAACGAGGUAUCGAGGAGACUUGCGGAAAGCGAACCUAGCGUAUCGUGGCCAUCUUGGAUUUAACCCGAUACUUAUGGGAAGUGAAGAUAAGUCCUUCUCCUUGUACUUAGAUACCUCCUGUAUCCGAUGCUGAAUUUUGGAAUGUUUGCAGCUAAACGAGUGAGUAGCAACAACAAGUUUUUCAAUUUGUCGUUGUACAACUAGAUGAAAAACUAGAGGACGCAGAGCUUGAACUUCCUAGUCCUCGCUUGAUUGAUUGCACCCCUUUCCCCGAUCUAUGUUGAUCCACUUUCAUUUUCUUUGGCGAGCAAACGCACCCGCUUCCGCAGCCUAUAAAGCCGGAUAAUUUCACGGAGCCAAAGCCAGCUGGUUUUGUUCCGAAGAACUCGCAACUCGGUUAGCAAGUCCUUCGACUUUACCAGAACAUGAUGUGACGAUAUUUUUCAUGAACAAGAACAACCAAAUUUUUGUAACAAGAUCCAAGAAUAAAGAUCAUCAUCAUGUUGUUUUUGCCUGGUG